AUGGGUUUCUGGGAUACGAUCGCCGACCUGGCCGAGUCGGUCGCGCCAUGGAGCGUCGCCGAAGCAGAGGCCCCUGCAGCAGAAGACUCCAAGGCAGAGGAAGCACCCGCCGAGGACAGCAAGGACGAGUCCAAGGAGGAGUCCAGCUCCGACGACAAGUCCGAGGACGCCGACGAGGAGGGUGAGGCUGAGGAGGAGGAAGAGGAGGAGGAGGAAGAGGACGAUGAGCCCAAGGACCCCAAGGAGGAGCUCGAGGAAGAGUGCAAGGAGUCCAAGCAGUGCGCCCCGGCCAAGCACCACUACGAUGAGUGUGUCGAGCGCGUCACCUCGCAAGAAGCGGACGGUGGUGCCAAGGAGGACUGUGUUGAGGAGUUCUUCCACCUCGCCCACUGCGCAACGGCGUGCGCCGCGCCCAAGGUGUGGUCGAAGCUCCGAUAA